UUCCGGUCACGUGGUUGUGUUUUGACGCACCGGAACCCUGCAAGUGACGUGGAACAUGUGGACAAAAACGCUAAAUCCCUGCGUAUUAAGACGGCAUCAAAUCUAUUAUAUCUAUUAUUUAAUCGGCUAAUGAUUUCUCUCAGUUAGUCAAAAGGCUCUAAAUACCACCCGGGCUGACGAAACAACUGUUUUUUCAAACUUGAUUCUUGAAGUUGCCAGAAGGAGUCAGGAUUGGCGUCUGUUACUGAAGGAUUAACGUUACCAUAUUGUAGCAGCCAGAUAUUCACAUGAGAACUCCUUAAGAAUCCUGUGAUCUCCAGUCAUGGCUAGUCCACACGAUUUAACGUUUCAGGAGUUUGAGGAAGCCGCAGAUCUCCUGUCUUCAAAUCCUGGAGCCUCAACCCUGAGCAUCUCCUCAUCUGGAGAGGUCAAAGUUGAUCUGUCAGAAGAUGAAGACAAUCAGCAAGAGAGCUCAGAGUUGCUUGGAGGUGAAAAACAAACUGGUGGCUUUUGGACGUUUGAAUACUAUCAGUCAUUCUUCAAUGUAGACACAAUACAGGUGCUGGAUAGGAUAAAGGGCUCGGUCAUACCUUUGCCAGGACGGAAUUUCGUCAAACACCACAUUCGAAAUAACCCUGAUCUCUAUGGUCCUUUCUGGAUCUGUGUGACUCUAGUGUUCUCCGUGGCCAUCAGUGGAGACCUCUACACAUUUCUGAUCAAUAUGGGAGACCCAGGCUAUCACUACAGACCUCAGUUCAACAGAGUCUCGAUUGCAGCCGUCACUGUGUUCCUCUAUGCAUGGCUGGUGCCUCUGGGAGUUUGGGGCUUCCUGACGUGGCGUCAAAGUGUUGAGAGACGAAUCAGCGGUUACACGUUUUUAGAGACCGUGUGUGUCUACGGAUACUCUCUGUUCAUUUAUAUCCCUACCUCGAUAUUAUGGACGAUUCCCGUUUACUGGCUCGAGUGGCUAUUGAUCAUCAUUGCCUUGGUGAUCUCUGGCUCAGUGUUGGUAAUGACAUUCUGGCCGGCUGUUCGUGAUGACACCAAACUAACGGCUUUCUCUACCAUGGCAGUAAUAGUGUCACUCCAUGCUCUUCUGGCUGUUGGCUUCAAGCUCUAUUUCUUCCAAACACCAACAUACACAGGAUCAUCGCACUCCGGACAACAGACUACCCCAGCGGCAAAUCACACAACACUUACCUUGGGAAAGCAUCAAUGACCAACCGAAUGGGAACCUAGGACUCUUUAUAUUUGAAGGACAUGGAAAUAAUUCUGACGAUAAAUGAGCAACAGAGGAGUUCAGAUUAGUGAUGCACACAAGCAUUCCCAGCAAACACAUUGAAAGUGUUUCCAGUUUGUAUCGAACUUAGCAGAUAAAUUACCUUCCUCAGAUCACAAUGAUUUACUGAAGACUUUAACUUGUACUAUUUUACUUUAGUAUGUAGUGACCAACUUAUUUUCCUCAAGUGCUAUGGUCACUUAUGUCCAUUUAUUACCUAUACUUUAAGAGGAUUUGCCUAUUUUUGUUUCUUUCGAUCAAAAUGGAGUAAUUUAUAAGAGUGGUCUUGUAUUACUGUGAACUGCUUUGAGGUUUGCUUUAUAACCCCUGACUGCUUUCCUCUUAGGCUACUUUCGCUCUCAUUUUUCUGUAAAUUGGGAGAAAGUACCUGUAUUAAGUAUUUAAUGUUGCUUUCCUAGACAGUUUGACACUGGAUUAAAAUAAUUCUUGUCAGGGUCAAAGGUGUUAUUUUGAGCUUGUUUGGUAUGAUUGGGGACAGAUGCAUCACCACUCCUACUUGGGCCACACAUUUCUGAGAAGGUAUGCUUUGCACUCAAUUAAUAUAAAGGUUCAACCAAAAACAAAA